GAUAAGUAAAGAACGUGUUUAGAACAGGUUCAGUUUACUGCGAGAUUUUUAAAAAGUUUUUAUUUUUAUAGAUAUAUAAAUAGAACAUAAAUAAAGUGAAAUUAUAUAGAUAAUAUACUACACGAAAGAGGUUUAGACAAAUCAGAAGAAAGGCUGUAUGGAAAUAUUAUGGUCCAGACAUCAUUAAAUGAAACACGGUACCCUGUGGAAACAAUAAAAGGACAGGCGGAACCGGAUGCUUCUUCCCCGAGUGAUAAGAACAUGAUCAAUGGGAGUAUCAUUGAUUUAAAGAAACCUGCCAAAACUCGGGGGGAGACAGAGUAUUGGCGCCACAGUCCUGAACUGGACACCAACGAAAAUAUGAACAAAUUAAACAAUGAUAAAGACGAAAUAAACGAUGCUAAGAAUGAUAAAAUUGAGCGAAAGUCUCCUGUUCCGCAACAGAAACGGGGUAGCACACCUGUUAGUACAGAGAAAACAAAACAAACUGCUGACAAGAGACAGACUCGAUCAAAUCAAAACACAUCCAGCUAUGGGCGAUCCUUUCGACCAGGUCUAGUGCCCACUCCAAACGUUGCAUACCCGUGGCCAAAUCAUAUCAACUGGCAAAAUUAUUACUUAGCAAGCCAACAGAGGCAUGCGAGUCCGGUGGUUUAUGGAUAUCAACCAGCAUACUAUCAAUACGCAUCAACAGUGAACAGCCAUCACUCUACAAAUAGCUCACCGACUUCCAAUCAUAUGUAUGCAAAUUCAUACACAGAUACACAAGAUGGCGAGAAACUUAGUAAAACAAACUUAUACAUCCGAGGCUUGCAUAGUUCCACGACAGACGAAGAUUUAGUGAACAUGUGUAGAAUAUAUGGUAAUAUUAUUUCGACAAAGGCAAUACUACACAAAGACACUAACCAAUGCAAAGGGUAUGGCUUUGUUGAUUUUGACAGUCCAGUUGCAGCACAAAGAGCCGUCAGUGCUCUACAAAACAAGGGGAUACAGGCACAAAUGGCUAAACAACAAGAACAAGAUCCCACAAAUUUAUAUUUAUCUAAUUUACCCAAGCAAAUCGACGAGCAGCAAUUACAACAUUUAUUAGCAUCGUAUGGAAAUGUAAUAUCAACCAGGAUUUUAAGAGAUACUUCAGGUUCCAGUAAAUGUGUCGGAUUUGCUAGAUUGGAAUCGACAGAAAUUUGUGAGCAAGUGAUCGAUAAGUUAAAUGGACAAUAUUUAUCAGGCUCCAACGAACAAUUAUUAGUGAAAUUUGCAGAUGGUGGACCAAAGAAAACGAAACAAGAUAAAACUUGGAGAAAUCCGUCUGAGGAUUAUAUGAAUUACGGUGUGAGAAGUCCUGUUUCCAGGACAAUGAGCAAUCCACCAACAGCACGAGUCACACCAGUCAUCCAAAGUCCAAUGGGUCAUGGUGCAGGGACAAACAUAGCUGCUUACCACAUGCCUGUUACAGGUGUAAGCUGGGGUGUUCAACCUCAAUCAUAUACCGUGCCUGUAUCUCCGCAUCAGUUACCUACAGAUACUAUCCAAUCAAUGCACUCUCCCAUGUCUCAAAUGAACAAUCAGAUGGCACAAAUGCAUAUCCAUGGUGGAACUAAUCAAUACAUCAUGCCAGCACCAGGAGGGUAUAGUCAGCAAAAUUCAUGGCAGAUGACUCAAACGCUUCCUCAGGAGUCGCCAGUAAUUAUGACGGCAACCGAAGUUGAAAGUAACUAUCCUCCUCCACAUAUGCAUCACCAUGGCAACGAACCAAUAUAUUCUGAUGAUCAACAAACUAGAGUGGUGUACGCCUAUCAACGGAAGUGAGGCACUGAACUUAGAUGAGGAACACGUUUUUUAAUCAUUUUUUGUUAUUGUUUUAACCUGUGUACAAAAAUGAAUUUUCUUUCUUUUGAAGAGAUAGAAGGUUUUUAUUUCAGUCGUUAAUAAUUUUUACAUUUUUUGUUGUCGUAAUUUUGUUUUUGUAUUGUGAAUGUGAUGAAAGAUGGAAGUUAUUUGUCUGCAAUUUUCAGAUAUUUCAUCACCGUAACCGUACCAAUUUUUAAGGAGAAUUUUACGGGAUUAAUUACACCCGAGAUUUAUUUUCUGUAAUUUGUAAAAUUAUUAAUACUCGUGAAACACAAAAAUUUUACGACUAGCGAAAAUUGGUACAUCUCUUUAAUAAUAGCCGUCGUCUGUCUGUGUGUCCACGAAAGCUGCGUCCUGUUACGGAAACACGAAAUUCCGAUAUAUUUAUAUAAAUUCCGACGUUCGACCCCGUGGAUUUUUCCAUGAUGGGCAACCCCGUGGUUUUCUCCACGAAUUAACGACUAGUAUAAGGGAAUUAUCGCCAACUCGUUUGGUUUACCUGCCACUGCCCAUUCAUCUCUUUUUAUAUACCUUAGCACGCCCACAGAUAUCGUUCUGAGUUUUCUCUUAAAAAAAAGGACAACUAUUGUUCCCAAGUCUUUUUUAAGAUGCUUUUAUUUUUAUUGUUCAUUAGGAAGGUUUUUUAAGAUAUAGCGGAUUUAGAAUAUUUCCCAUUAUGCUUAGCUUCCAAAUAUAUUUGUCAGCUUAGCUUUUGUAAAUUUGUCCACUUUGCUUUUAUAAGAUUAUUUAUGGUUGCUUUGUAGCUACUCGAAAUGUAUCCUCUUAAACAAAUUGUAAAAAUAGUCCGAGUGACCGUGAAUCAAAAUAUAUUUGAAAACGUUUCGUUUAUGAAAGUAGGGGCUUUACGUGCAAAACCAUUUUAAAUUCUGGGCAACGAUUAUCUUCUUGCUAUGACACCAGUUGAAUCAGGAUCAUGCACGGUCACACUUCCUACGUCUUAUUUCUUAACAGCUACCUUGACCAUCACACCCUGCUGUACAUUGUGAGUGCGACCUUGGGUUAGGGGACUGUACAAAGAGAAAUAGUUAGGUUUUCUUUUGAAGGUAUUUAAUGUUGUGCUAAAAAUGUUUUCGCAGUAAUAAGUUAAUAUAAGAAGAAGUAUUUUUAUACUUUUAUUUUAAAAGAAGAGAUUGUUAAGUUCUGAAGACUUUAUGUAUAUUUUUGUGUGUGUGUGUGUUUUGUUCGUUUGUACAUUUUCCUAUUUCGUUAAAGAAUAAUCAGUUUUGAUGACUGAUAUAUUUAUUUCACUCGAAAUAAAAAAGCAACUCGAAUUUCUGACCUCAAAAUUUUCAAAUAAAGCUCAACUUCUCCAAUCCAGAAAUCUACACUAAUUUUUUUGGUAGGGGGUGAUGUGGGUGAGUUUAUGUUUCCCAAUAUAACCACGCCCACCAAAUAGGUUACCAGAUUCUUGUUACUGUUUUAGAAGUUCUAGUUACAUCGGAGAAAAUUUAUUGCGAAAUUAAUGUUUAGUUUUUUAAAAGUUUUUUUUGUAAUUUCGUAGGUAGUUAGGCAGAUGUUAUGGCAGUACAGCUUCCAUGUGACGAGAUUUUCUUAAAGAUUUGUAAAGCACGAUCUUGGGAAAUUAUUUUUCCUCCUAUGCAACAAAUUAAAACACGCACGUGCCUUUGUUCCAAUGCUUUAUAUUUGAUCUAAAAAAUCUGUCAAAUGGAAAUAUUUUGCUUCAUUUUUUUUUCUGAAUGUUUAGAUUAGAAAUGUGACGUUUUUUUCUGUGCUUUGUUAAUUUUGUUUUUAAUUCAUUUUGAAAAAUAUUUUGUGUGAAAUAAUAA